CCCGCCAGGCGCCAACCGCGGCGUAUUAAUAAAGGUUAUGUUUUGAUUUUAAAAAUAUCACCCAAUUAUAGAAUAAGGCGCAAAAAAUAACGGUUUAGAAUAUUCCACUGCUUACAGAGAAAGUUAUUUCGCGUCAUAAUAUGUAUUUACUUAUCUAACCAAACAGAUUCACAUAUAAUACUUAUUUUCGCGCCAAACUUCGGCGUAUAUAAAUACAAGCCCCAUUUUACCGCGCUUUAUUUUACUUUGUUUUGUGGUGUGUCCAGUUGUACAAUUUCGCUGAGUUACAAUGCCGGCUUACGAUAAAGAAAAUUUGAGUGACGUUUUGGUCCCCAAAACGGAUAAAUUGGUGUUAUCCGAAAACAAAGCCAACAUCAUUCCAGCAGACCCUCCCGUCGAGUCUAAAUCGUCUGUAAAGUCUAAGAAACAGAUUCAGGAUGGAGACAGCAGUAAUUUCGAUCCUGAAUUGGAGCCGUUAUUGCGUGAAAAUCCUAAACGGUUUGUGGUCUUUCCUAUUGAGUAUCCUGAUAUUUGGGCUAAAUAUAAAGAAGCAGAAGCCUCAUUUUGGACAACAGAAGAGGUAGAUUUAUCCAGAGAUCAGGAACAUUGGAAUAAACUCACUAAAGAUGAAAGACAUUUCGUCUCGCAUGUCCUGGCGUUUUUUGCAGCUUCUGAUGGUAUUGUGAACGAAAAUUUGGUGGAAAGGUUUAGCCAGGAGGUUCAGGUAACAGAAGCAAGGUGUUUUUAUGGUUUUCAAAUAGCUAUUGAAAAUAUUCAUUCAGAAAUGUACAGUAUGUUGAUAGAAACGCUUAUUAGUGAUCCAGCUGAGAAAAAAUUCUUGUUCAAUGCUAUCGAGACUCUUCCUUGUGUUAAAAAGAAAGCUGAUUGGGCUAUUAAAUGGAUUAAUUCUAAAAAUACAGCUUUUGGUGAAAGAAUCGUUGCUUUUGCAGCUGUAGAAGGCAUAUUUUUCUCUGGUAGUUUUGCUUCAAUAUUUUGGCUUAAGAAAAGAGGCCUUAUGCCUGGUCUAACUUUCUCGAAUGAAUUAAUAUCUAGAGAUGAAGGUUUGCACUGUGACUUCGCUUGCCUACUCUUUACUCAUUUAGUACAAAAACCUUCUGAACAGAGAGUCAUUGACAUUAUUCGUGAUGCUGUAACUAUUGAACAAGAGUUUUUAUCUCAAGCUCUACCUGUAAGCUUAAUAGGAAUGAAUUGUGACCUAAUGUGUCAAUAUAUCGAAUUUGUAGCAGAUAGAUUGUUGUUAGAACUUGGUUGUAAAAAGAUUUAUAAUUCUCAGAAUCCAUUUGAUUUUAUGAACAUUAUUUCUACUGAUGGUAAGACAAAUUUCUUUGAAAAGAAAGUUGGCGAAUAUCAAAAGGAAGGUGUAAUUGAUUCUGGUGAUACUAAUUUUAAAAUUGAUGCUGAUUUUUAACGAAACAGGAUAACUUUUAAACUAAUGAACCAACUUUUAAAGUACUAUAGAUCAAAAAUAUAAUAAAAUUAUGGUUCCUUUCACAAAGUUUACAUAAUUUCAUGAUUAACUAAAUAAUAAUGUUUCCAUACAAAUAUGUUUAAUGUGCUACAUUUUUUAAUAUACUUAUUAAUUGUACAAUAAUUUUCAUAUAAUUUAGUGGGAAUGGAAAUUUCCAAAAGAAUUUAUGACUCAUUAAACCAUAAUUAGCCAGUAAACAUAACUAUUAACUAAACAUCGAAAUGAACUUAUCUUUAUGAAACUAACCACUAAAAUAUUUAUUUACUGGGAAAUUAAUUUUUCUGUUUUUUUUUUUGUAAUAAAUAAUUUACUUAAUAUUGUUGUACAACUAUCUAUUAAAUAGUUGUUGGAAAUAGUAUUCUUAAUUUUUCUAUAUUUUGAUCACAACUGUAUGUUUAUGAUAAAAAGUUCAUUAUCACCCAUUUAUUAUCUCUAUACAUUUGAUUUUAAUCAAUCUUUACCAUUUAUUUUUCAGUAAUGAUUUUUUAAUGCAAACAAACUUUAAUGAACUUUUGGCAUUCCCUAAUUACAUUUCUUUAUACUAUGUGGUAGUAACAGUACAUGCUAAUACAUUUUUUAUCACCUAAAGACCAGCUUAUUGAUAGGUCUUAUACAUAGAUAUUAUUUAGUACCUUGUUAUUUUUAAUAUUAUUCAAUAGGCAAAUCAAAAUAAGCGGUACACUACCUGGUAAGCAUACGAGUUACUAAAGAUAUUGACAUUGUUCUUCCAUUUUGCUUUGAGUUUGUGUUUGUAUAAAAAUAUUUACGUCUUAAAAGUAAUUUGAUAAGAAUGAGUUGUUGAAAUCAGUAUUGUUUUCAAACAGACUUCUGGGUGUUGAUUCAAAUAGCGAAUUGAAAUUCACUUUUCAUUACAAAAUAUUAAAACAUAGCCUAAAAAGUUGUGGAACAAUAAUUUUUAGAUUACAUAGUGGUAAUGUUCCAUAAGUCUUGUAUCAUAAUAUGUAUCACAACAAAUAUACUGAAUGGUUAUAUCAAUCAUUGUUACAGCCAAUGAAAAAAGAAUCAAUAAGGAACAAUAAAGCGCACAAAAGGGAAGAACAUGUUACUUUAGAAAAAGCAGAAAAAUGAAUCCAAUUGUAUAGGACGUCGUGCAUGAUUCACCAAUAAUAAAGCUGGCCAUUCACGAUACUGUGGUGUCGUUCGAAAAAAUCGUCGAUGAUAUCAAUUCUGCAGUACUGCAGCAUAGAAGCCAGUUUCUCUGCGGUAAAAUUGUAACGAUUUUGUUGGAUGCACAGUCAAACACGACCAAAAUUUUUGCCAAUUAGUUGAAUUCGACAAAAUUGAACCACGUGACAGUGUCGUGAGUGGCCGGCUUAAUAUGAACACUAUCUAUUGUGCUGCAGAAAUCAAGGUUAUGUUCAAGGUUGGCAGGCUUAAACAACAUGUUUGAAAACUUGGUUUAAACCAACUGGUUUUUUAAGAAAAAACCUUUGGGCUAGUGCAGUUGAAACUUCGAAACGCAAUUCAAAUCGGCUUAUUACUACUAAAAACUUAUUACCUACUAUUAAACUUAUUACCAACGAAUUAUUACUAUUAAAAAUUAUUUCAACAUUCAACAAAUACAAAACCCAUUGCAAAACUCAAAACUCCAAUGACCAAUGUCAAUAUUUAUAGUUCUACAAUCGCUAACCUUGGUGCUGCAUUCUUAUUUUCGGUUGCCUAUAGAGUCUUCAUUUAUUUUUUCUGAAAAGUAUGUUGAUGGCUUAAGUGCAAAAUGUCAUCUACAAAAAAGCAAAACUGUUGAGAAGAAACGGAAAACUUUCAGUAGUUAGUUAAUGACUAAAAAUUAAAAUUAUAUUAUGUUUCUAUAGAGUUAUCUGUAACAUAUGGGGAAGAAAUUUUAUUUUGUUUCCAAAAAGUAGUGCAUUGUGAGAUAGAACCUGCCAAAAGAUGAUCUUGUUUUAUUGGAAUAUUGAGUGAAAUUGGAAUAUUGAGUAGCCUUCUUGAAAAUAUUGUUUAACUUCUUGUUCUCAACUUGUUUUAGAAUAAAUAAGGCCGCCAGGCUCAGAGCAUUCACUUUAGAAGCAGUUUGUUGUUAUGAUUGGUUGUACUGCAGCCAGUUCACUUAUUCUACAUCUUCUGGUUCUGGCUCAGGUUUUAGUGGUACUGACUAUUUUAUGUGCCCUCCGAAGCAUGGUGCUGGCUCAGUUAAAUUGGAAAUUGAAAAAUUUCUGGUGUCUCCUGGACAUCCAUCCUUAAUUAAUUUUCUUUCUAUCAAAGCAUGGGUGGAAUCAACUUCCGGUUAUAUGUGACUUGCUAUUGGUUAACACAACAAUGAUGUUUUAAUAUCUACCUACGUUAAUCCAAAUAAAUAAGCACUGCCCUUUCUAUGCAAGGCAAAACAUUUUAGAUGCUUCAAUAAUAUCGAUAAGUAGUGAAUAUUGAUGACAUACAUUUAACCUAACUUGUUUAUUCUAUAAAUAAUUUACACAGUGCUAUUUACUUGUUGUAAAUAAAAUAUAUGUGUAAUUGUAAUUUGCUUUUGAAAUCAAUAUGGUAGCAUUAAGUUAACUUUUAAAUGUCAGUACUGGUAACUGCUAUGAUUUUUGUCAUAAUUUCCUGGGUAUUAUCCAAUAACAAAGCCAAUUUUAUCGCAGUAGUCUAUUAUAGCAGUAGUAGGGUCUAAAUCUAAACCAUUUGUAAUAAAGGAAAGAAACAGAUCCAGGAUGGAAACAAAAGUAAUUUUGAUUUGAUCUGGAGCCAUUAUUGUGUGAAAAUGAUAAAAGAUUAAAAUGUUAUUUCUAAUACAUAGUGUAUUUUCAUAUAAAUAUAAGUUAAGUGUGUUUUCUUCUAUUGUUAUUUCAUUAUUUGAUGAUAAAUUGCUUUGAAAUUGCUGAUUACUUUUACGCACUUACCUCUUACAAAGGAAUGAAUUAGGAAAAAAUUCGAAUGGCGACAAAAUUAAAAGUUUUAAAAAUGUGAACUUCGAUACUUUGCACUUGAAACCAUCAGUGUUCAUUUUAACAAAGAAUGUGUCGAUUUUAACAGCUAUAUUUUUUACAACAUUGAAUUGUUAAUUUUGAUUUUUCACAUUUAUCUAAACACUUUUGGAUAUGUUUUUAUAUUUUAUUGAAUUUUAGAUACUUAUGCUUAUUAAUUUUGCUUCUUUCUGAGAUUUAACAGUUUUAUUUCUCAUAUUUAAAAAAAACUUAAAAAACAAUUAGUUAUUUUUAAACUGUGUCUUAAGUAUAUUUUUCAGUUAUAGUAUUAGUUUUAUAUGAAAUAAACACAAGUUUCUGGGGUUACAAAAAUUUGCCAAGGGUUAAUUUUAUAGUUUUUAGUUUUAAUGUACAUGCUUAUCAUAAUUUCAGUUGUUUUUUGACCAAAAAUUAAUGUAUUAUUUCAGUUUAGGUUGUAUUUUCCUGAUGAUGAGGUAAUUAUAUUGUAAUGUCGGUGUUUAAUUUCUUUACAGCAAAGAGAAUGAUAAAAUAGUUUGUUUUAUGUCAUUUCAAUAUUCACAGAUUUGUUUAUGUUAGCAACUACAUUAAUAGACCUGGAUCCCGCAUACCAAAAAAAAGUUGAUUGAUAGCAAGCUGAAAAUUUGUUAAUAGCUUAACAGUGUCUAGUCAGACAAACUUUGAUGUAUGGGAACACUGGAACAGGGGAAGCUUUAAUUGUUGAACAGGUUAAAAAUUUGGAACAUCAGACUACGAAAACGUUAAUCUAUUUUGUCAGACAGAACUUCCAGUUGAUUUGUUACCAAUUCAUUAAACUCUCAUGCAAAAAUCAGACUGUUGUUUAUCACAAACUGGGCAUUUAAUGAGUGGAACACGAAGAACAUGUCAAAUGACAGGAAUCAUGUUGGUUAGUAAUAGCAGUCUGAUUUUUGCAUGAGAGUUUAAUGAAAGGGUAACAAAUCAAUUGGAUGUUCUGUCCGACAAAAUACAUGAAACGUUUUCGUAAUCUUACGUUCCAAAUUUUUAAACUGUUCCACAAUUAAAACUUCCCCUGUUCCAGUGUUCCCGUACAUCAAAGUUUGUCCGACUAGACACCGUUAAGCUAUUAACAAAUUUUCAGCUUGCUAUUAAUCAACUUUUUUUUGGUACGCGGGAUCCAGACCUAUAAGAUGAUAUCAAACAAAUUAAAUAUUAUAUUUAAGUGGGAUUAAACCACAAUGAAAAUUUCAUUUUACAUUUGAUUACAAUCAAUUGAGGUUUAACAAAAUCUUAAUCUCAAAUUAUUAUAUUUAUGUGGUAUUAAAACCACAAUGCCAAUUUCAUUUUACAUUUUAUUGCAAUUAAUUGCUGUUCAAUCUUAAAUAAAUACAAUAUUAAUGUAAACAUGCCACAAGAAAACAGUUUCAUAUCUUUAAAAUAGUAAACUAAUAUGUAUUAUUGAAAAGUCUGCACUCAAUAGUGCAGUCUCAUGGUUUGAUUUAUAUAAUAAAAAAUUGUUGAUGUGAGUUUAAAUUCAGUAAAACAUGUUUUGUUUAAAUUUUUUCUACAAAAUCGUUACCACUUCAUCAAGGAUGGAAAAAAAUCUCAUAUUGAGAAGGACUGUAUUAUAAAUAUUGCGCAGAUACUGUAACAAGCAGCAAAUUGUUUAAAGUGUGUAUAUAUUUAUAUAGCUAUAUUAAUCUGAUUAUUAUAUAAUGUAAAUAGGAUAUUCUAGUGUUAAUAAAAGAAAAAUUUAGUAUG